AUGCCAUUGCGUCUGACUUCGGCUCCAUUUGCCGGGGUCAAAAAACGAAAACCUGCUGCCCCCCGAUCUCAUGCAUCGCCCUUUGCGGGCAAUGCCCGUCGCAAAGUGGACUCCACCUCAUCCAGCGCCGUAAAGGCGGCUGCUGAAGUGGAGCUGGACGAUGAUCCUCUUCCUGAUCUAGGCAGUUCACGUUAUAUCUCCGAGACUGCGCCUGUCCAAAAUGUGGUCCAAGCGAUCCAGUAUAUUCGAGCCAAUAUGUUUGACGAGCUCCCGGCGCGAGCGGGCAUGAAUAGCACUCGCAUCGCAGAGGUCUUGAACCUGCGCCGAUCGCUACCCCCACUCGCUUCCGUCGCACAUAUUCAUAUGCUCUUGGAUGCGCCAACCCAGGUGGAACGAGAGAUUGUGGAGCUAGUUCAGACGGGUCGGGUCCGGCGCCUGAUUAUACCCGGGCGUGGCAAUGAUGCAGCCGGACUGGGUGACUGUCUCGUCUUGGCUGAAGAGUGGGAGGAGCUUGUGCGAGGGAGCUCCUCUCUAGAUUCUGCGAUCAAAGAGAAAUUCUUAGAUAUUCUCAAUCGCAUUGGAACUCACUCGGCCAUCUCACAGAGUGUCUUUGCACCUGAUGAGUAUAGAGCCCUGAUUCGCGCCGGUUUCCUCGUCUCCUCUUCGACUUUCACACAGGGCUCGCUGAGCAUUGCAUCACUUCCCAAACUGCCCAAUGCGACAUCCACGUCAGCCAGUCGGAGCGGACCUGUCUCUUCUGACACCGUACAGACGGAUGCACAGGCUCGGGCCGCGACUCUGUUCCUGUCCCUUCCAAAUACAGGCACAUAUCUACGGCUCCUCGGGUCCGGUCGCGCCCACUUACUCGCCCUUCUCCGACGAUCUCAUAGCGGCGAAGCUCCGCUCAAUCUGCUGAAGGAUCGUUGGGAAGGAGCAAUAGAGACCGAGAAAAGCUUCCACUUGGCGAAAAGGGCCCGCGGUGAAUUUGCGGGCAUCCUGCCUGGCAAAACCAAGAAGUGGAAGGAAUUAUAUGGCAUGCAGUUUCGCUGGGUUCUCGAGGAAGCACUGGGUGCUGGCCUAGUAGAAAUAUUCGAAACUGGUAGUGUGGGGCCGGGGGUUCGGUGCCUUUAG